AUGGAACUAUGGAAGAUAUCAGCUGAUACAUCAGUAGCAACAUCUUCCAGUCUCCUGGUGCUCCUGGAUUGGAUGCUUUGCUGCCUCCUGAAGUGGACCUCUGGAAUGCCUGGACUGAAGAGGGGUAGAAGUUUGAGUCCACCACCUCAGGGAUCUGGUCCUCCCCCCCCACCACCCCCUGGUCAUGGUCAUAGCUCUCAUUUCUCUUCACCCUACACUUACAAGACCCAGGCCAUUGCUGCAGCUGCUUAUGCUCAGCAAAAUAAAGUGGAGAGCACAGGACAAGGUUCAGGUGGGAGUUACUAUGGGCAUCACAGCUCCAAUGGAUCAUACCCUGCCCCAUCCACAACCAGUGUUUAUACGUAUCCUGCACAUGGACAUGGACAGUACAUCCAUGUCACAUCAGCAUCACAGGUGUCUCAACCUCAAACACAGAGUCAGGCAGGGAAACAGCUUACUCACCAUUCUCCUUAUCUACCUGUUGUGUCUUCACCUCAGCCUCGGGUUUCAGGAUACUUGGGAUCCAUACAGCCAUUGGAUGCCUCUGUGUCAGGCUCCACAGCAGUAACAGGGUCUUCAGCAGGGGUUACUUCCUCAUCAGGGAAGGGUGGAAGUGGGACCAGUAGUUCAGGGGAUGCAGAACGGGAGAAAUAUUUCUCACAUCGUCCCCAGCUACCCCUUUUGAAGAGUGGCAGUAUCACAAGUGGAUACCCAAUUCGACCCAGUCCAUAUCAGCCAUCUUCACAUGGAACCACUUAUCAUCCCCCUUCUCCAAGGAUCUCCUAUUCCCAGCCACCUGGAACAAGAAAUACACUUGUAUCUGAUGAAAUCUUGCCCAGGAGAGUUGUUCUUGUGUCACUUUGA